AUGGCUCUCCCUACUACUUCACGAGCAUGGUCCAUCCGUGACAUCCACAGCGACAGCUUUGACGGCCUCGUUCUGCAAGAAAAUGUUCCUCUCCCUCAGCUCGGCGAGCAUGAUGUUCUGGUUCAAGUUGAAGCUGUCUCUCUAAACUACAGAGAUCUGGCCAUCCCAAGAGGACUCUACCCAUUUGCCAUGAGCCUACCUGUCGUUCCUGGCUCCGAUAGUUCCGGUAUUGUCCUUGCUGUUGGACCCAAGGUUACCAGAGUGUCAAAGGGUGACCGAGUGUGCACAUUGUUCAACGAGCACCACCAGACGAACCCCAUUACCCCCGAGGCUGUUGGAAGUGGCCUUGGUGGCGCCGUUGAUGGCACACUGCGCAACUAUGGUGUUUUUGGCGAGCACUGUCUUGUCAAGGCCCCAUCCUCUCUCAACGCCGUUGAGGCUAGCACUCUGACAUGCGCACCCCUUACCGCAUGGAACGCCCUGUACGGACUGCAGUCAAAGGCUAUCAAGGCUGGCGACUGGGUCUUGACUCAGGGUACUGGUGGCGUUAGCCUUGCAGCUAUUCAGUUUGCUGUUGCUGCGGGCGCAACCGUUGUCUCUACAACCUCCACGGAUGACAAGGCCGACGCCCUGAAGAAGCUGGGAGCUUCCCACGUUAUCAACUACAAGCAGACCCCCAACUGGGGCGAGGUCGCCCGAGCCCUGACUCCCGGAGGCCUGGGAUUCGACCACAUUCUCGAGAUUGGCGGUGCCGCAAGCGUUGCGCAGUCACUCAAGGCCAUUAAGCUGGAGGGUGUCAUUACCCUCAUUGGGUUCCUCACUUCUUCUGAGAAGCAGCCUCCUCUGAUGGACGCUCUGAACCACCUUUGCAUUGUCCGCGGCAUCUUUGUCGGCUCCAGACAGCAGUUUGAGGAGAUGAAUCGGGCGAUUGACUCUGCAAAGAUCCAUCCGGUGGUUGAUUCUAACCUCUUUUCUUUUGAAGAUAUGAAGAAGGCGUAUCAGCACCAGUGGGAGAGCAAGCACUUUGGAAAGGUUGUCAUCAAGAUUGUAAACUAA